AUGACAGCUGCUCUCCCCGACCCCCUCUCCCCGGGCAGGCAGCCCCCCCAGGUGGGCGCGGGUCCCGCCCCUCCUGGCGGAGAUCCCCGGGCUGGCCCCGCCCACACUCGGCCUGGCCCCGCCCCUCUGAAGCUGCAGAGGCUCGGGCCUGUGAGCCUCAGCCGGCUCCUUUGUCCCUUCUUCCCCUCGGCGGCGUCCCCCACCCAGCUUCCCCGCCGAGUUCUUCAGCUGUGCGGCCUCCUGGAAUUUCUGUCCAGCAGACCUCCUCAGCCUCCCUUCUCCUAUUCCUCUCUUGGGCCGGGUUCUGCAGGUGAAGCUCAGCCGGUGAGAGCCUGGAACUGGCAGUUGAAUCCUGAACUGUGGGCAAGGUCACUUCGGCAGCAGUUGCAAGCCCAGCUCCUCUUGGUCAAGGAAGAGGAGUGGGUAGGUACGUCUCCUGGCAAAACAUCAUCUGAUGUCAUUGAGUCUUGGCAGUCCAUAUGUGUCCUGCGCAGCAAAGAGCAGCCCAAGGCUCUUCAGAAAAAACAGAGGCAGUUCCUGCAGGCAGUGCCUGAGACAGAGCAGCCCACAGUACUGGAACUCCUGCUGGCUGAGCUCAAAGCUCUGUUCUCAGCCACGCUCCAGGACCGCAGCCCCGCAGCUUGGCGCUACCUGCAUGCAGUACUGGGUCUGCUGCCUCCGUACCGUGAGUUAUUUGUUGGUCACCUGGAUUUACUGCCCUUCCUGGAGCAGCUGUACUGCUGGGCACCCUGGGUCCAGUGCCACCUCCAGCUAGACCUGCUAACUGCCAUAGAUCAGGCCUUUCCCCCAGACUACUCUUUGUUAGACAGUGCCUCCCAUAUUGACUGUGGCCCCCAAAAGAAGUUCUAUCAUAAGCAUCCCUGCCCAGUCUGCCCUUUGGUGCAGGCCCGAUGGGGUGGGCAGCAAGUGAGGGACAAGUUGGCCACCUGGCUGCGACCACUGACCUUACCUGAACUUCAGCACUGCUUGGGCAUCGUUGGUGCUGAGGUGGCCCUAGAAGAGGCCCAUUGGAUGGAUGGUCUCGGUCUCCUGCCCUUGGCACUGGCAACGGACAUCCCCAUACAGUAUGAAAAGGUUGAUACCAACAGAGCAGUGGGAGAGCCUGUUGAAGGAAGAGAGAUGAGGUCUCAGCCAGUUCAUAAACUCCCUAUGAAGAAGAUCUUCACCAAAAAAAGCACUGGUUACUUACCUAAGGUUUCUGCCCAGGGCAGAGAAGUGGUAAACAUUCUAAAGACAGAGAAAUAUCUGAAGAAGAUCCAUUUCCUCUAUCUUAAUGUGGCUCCCAGCCGCUGCUUUAGGCCCUAUAACCUGAAGGUGGUGCCACCAAGCAAGGUGAAUCCUGAACACUACAUCUUCUCCCCCUUCGGGAUCCUGCACAUACACCCUGAGGAGGGCAGUGAGACAAUGACACUGGGUACCUGGCACCGCCACUCUGUUCUCUGGCAACAGCUCCAGUUCAUCCCAUUCUUUAAGUAUUGCCUGUUACGCAAGGCCUUGGCCAGCUGGAAGAAGAACGUGAGGUUGCAGCAGCUGCAUCGACUCCAGGAUGUUAUUGGGGAUCAUCUGCUCUCAGCUGUGCCCCAUUUUGGAGCUGGGCUACUCCACAUUAACAGGCUGUUACAGGAGCUGCGCUCUGUGUCCUGGCUACCUCAGGAGCCAGAAACGUCCUAUGAGCUCAUCGACCUGCAGAAAGCUCUGGCCAAGCAGAGCCACAAGGCUGCGCGGCUGCUGUGCCACUGCCUGAAGCUUUGCACGUCUGUUCUUCAUCUGGUUCAUGAUGACACAUACCACAUGCAACAGGGCCUGCAGGAGCGCGUGCAGAACUGCAACCGGAUCCGGAUAGGCCAAGGCUCCAUCUACCUUCAGAGGGUACAGCGCCAACAGCUGGAGAAGAAGCUGAAACAGGCAGAGCUCUGGUUGCUGCAAAUGGGAAAGUUUGCCCGUCUGGUCAACUACCUGAUUUGUCAGAGCCUUGUUUCUAUCUUGGAAGAUGAGAUUACUUCUUUCGUGUCCAACAUCCUGCAAGCUCCAAGGCAGAAACCCUUUCUCCUGUCCCAACUUGUCUUUAAUGAUCACGGCCAGCUGUCUCAUGUGCCUUGUGGUGAAAAUAUGAUCCGUAUUCUAACUGAGGGUCUACAUUCUAUCAAGGCUUCUGCUCUGCAGGUGAUCAAGACUAAAGACCUGAAGACUUCCAAAGAUUCUCUGCCUUCUGGAGAAGAAGAAGAGGAAGAGGAGGAUACAGAAUUUCUGGUACCUAAGUUCCAGAGCCAGCCCAGCGAUGCAGUACGCAUCUUUUGUGGCCCAAAUGUAGGAUUGGUGUGGCCGUGGAAAGCUCACUCAAUUAAUGAUAACUUGGUGGUCCGUGGGUGCAAGCUUCGGGGCCAUUAUUGGCCCACCAAUUACAAGCAGCUACAGGAGGACCUGGACAACAAUCGUGGAAUCCAGCAGGCACUGACUACGCAGCAGGCACUGCUGGAGGGCAUGCUGUGGGAGGUGCAGGAAUUCUGCAAGGAGCAUCACUGGAUAACAGAUAUUUAUGAGUUUGUACAAGCCUGGGGACCUCAGAAACUGGAGGACAUGAAAAACUGUCCUGUCAAGAAUUAUGUGAUGCUGGUGAGUCACCUGAACGCGUGGCAGGCCCGUGUCUCCAUGAUGCCUGUCGAGUUGCUCACAAAAGGCAAGCUGCUGCUGCUGAGCUGCAAUGAUGUGCAGGAAGAGUUAAAAUCCAAACUAGACCACAUGAGGAAGGACAUUUUUGCACAGGUACAGAAUGAGUGCUGGAGCCGCAGUCAGCAACUCAUGACAGAGCUCACAAAUUUCAUACAGGUCUUCCAAACCAUCAACUCCGACAUUCACACCAUUGCACACUGCUCCCAAAAGCUGAAUGAAGCCAAUGAACAGUACGUUCACUUGGAGGAGCGAGUGGAAUACAUCCAGUCCCUUCAUGAACUCAUCCGCAUCCACUUCAGCCUCUUCGCUGCUGAGAGUGAGGCCCUGGAGAAUUCGCUUCUAAAUGUGUGGGAAUCAUUUCAGUCUGAGAAAAGCCAGGCCUCAGAGUUCCUGCUUAGCAAGCGACAUGUGAUUGUGCCCAAGCUGCAGCAGCUGAUGGCUGCAGCGUUGGCAGAGCUGGAGAACCUGAUUGAAAAAGCUUUGUCUGGUCCUUUCAUGGACCCUACGCAAGAGCAGAGGAGCACUGAACGGCAGCUCAUCGCCCUGGAACGUCGAUUCCAGAGCACCGUCAGUCAUCUCAAUGAACUGCACUACGCCUACGCCGCCUUCACUGGGGAUGAGAAGCCUUUGCCUUUGCCCAUCUGUGGGACCCGUCCGAUCGUGCAGCAGCAGCGCAUCUGGCACCUGUACCGGGUCAUCUCUGAGAAUAUCAGUGAGUGGAAGUGCAUGGCUUUUGCUAAGUUCAAUCUGGCGAUGGCCCAGGAAAAAACAGAAGGCUGGCUGACAGAGGCAGCACGGAUGAGCACAACCCUGGGGAUGCACAGCCCGGUGCUGCAGCGCUGCAUGCGCAUGCUGGAAGAAUUUCGCAGCUUCCUGCCACUGCUCCUCAAGCUGAGCAGCCUCCCACUGCAGAGCAUCAGCUACCAAUCCCUUCUCCGAGAGUUGGGACUGGGCAGCGUCCCGAGUAUGGAACUCAUAACAUUGGGCCAGUUGCUCUCUUGUCCAUUGCUGGAGUAUACAGAUCGAAUUUAUCAGGUCUGGCAAUGUGAAAAUGAACGAAUUCAAGCCCAAGAGAGCCUACAGCGGGUACAGCGCCACUGGGAAACGCGCCAGCUACGCCUUCUCAACUUCAUCCUGCAUGUGCCCUACAAGCCCCCAGUCUCAGAGCACUCCAAGAGGCAGGCAGUCUACAGUUCCCAGUUGGAGGUCAUGGACAAGGAUAGCGGCACCUUUGUCCUGUCAGGCUACAGCAGCCUACAGGAUUCCAUCCAAGAAUGUCUCCAGACACUGCUCAACAUCCUGGCCACCCAAAAGUCAGGAGACUUACACAGAAUGGCUUUGGAGUGGCUGACCAUCAUGCAUAACUUGGAUGCCCUGCUGGAUGUGUGGGUGACUUUCCAGCAGAAGUGGAUUUUUCUGCAUAAAGUUCUGCAUGAAAUGAAGAUCCAGUUUCCAAAAGCUGAGCUGCACUCUCGUUUCAAGGCCAUGGAUGAUCAGUAUCGAACCUUGAUGUUCAUCUCUGUCGCUGACCCCAUGGUGAUGUCACUGAUUGUGCCCAGUGCCAAGAGGAGUCCUCACUUCCAAGGCCAGCAGCUGCAGCAGCUGCUGCAAACUGGGUCAAUGGAGCUGGAGGGCAUCAUCAUGGCUCUGGAGAACGUGCUGUAUGAAGUGUGUGCUCACUUCCCCCGCCUCUUCUUCCUCAGCGACAGUGAGCUGGUGGCCCUGUUGGCUGCCCCUAUAGAAUCCUUCGAGACCCAGCUGUGGGUACAACGCUGCUUUCCUCAUGUACGUGCUGUGAGCCUCAAGUCCAGUUCAACCGAAGAGAAAAGUACGGGCGAUGAGGAGUUGAGCCCAGGCACACAGUCUCAGGUAGAAGCGUUUGCUGUGCUAGGGGACAGUGGGGAGCAGGUGAAGCUGCGCAAGCCCCUUCGGCUGCAUCUAGAUCUUCCCAAGUGGCUGGCCUCUCUGGAGAAGUGUCUGCGCUUGACACUGGUGCAUACAUUGCAGGAUUGUGUGGCCACCCGCCUUACUCAUGACCCAUCCCUAGGUAAGGCCUUCAAGAAGGUGCACCCAAAAAGCCAGUUGUCACAGCAACUGUAUAUCCAUCACUGGCUAGAUUUAGUCCAGACCUUCCCAUGGCAGUGCGUGCUGAUAGCAGAAAAGGUGGUGUGGUGGGCUGAGAUGGAAGAGGCUCUGCUAGAGGGUGGGCUCCUGGCCAUGGUCCCUGAGCACAUGCACAAGCUUGAAGUACUGGUGCAAUUUUUACGGACCCAGAGGGGUUCCCAGGGUGAACAACCCCUGCUUUCUCCCCGCCAGACCAGCCUGCUUAGUGCCCUGCUGGUCAUGGCAGUGACUCACCGGGAUAUAGCACAGCUCUUUGAACAGCAUCAGGUAAGUGACCCAACAGAUUUCCACUGGGUCCGCCAACUCAAGUAUCACCUGGGUUCACCUCACUUGAUUCCCAAAAGCCCACUGCAGAAUCUUAAGACUGUUGCAUCUCCAGAGUCCUCUAUGCCACCACCUGCAUGUUGGGUAGAUGUACUGGGACGGUCCUUCCUAUACAAUUAUGAAUACCUAGGUCCAAGACUAGAACCACUACCUAUCCUGCUGCCUGAGCGACCAGUUUUGGUUCUGUUACUGGCCUUGGAGGAGGUGGCCUAUGGGACCCUAGUGGGCCCUGAAGGUGUGGGCAAGACAGCUCUGGUGAAUGGUUUAGCAUGGGUCCUGGGCCGCCAGCUGGUGAUGAUGCCUUGCUUGCCUCAGAUAGAGGCCCGCUGCCUGAGCAACUACCUUAAUGGUGCUCUGCAGGGUGGUGCCUGGCUGCUGUUGGAGACAGUUCACCAUCUGCCCCCUGGCUUGCUUUCUGCCCUGGGCCAGCGCCUGGCUGAACUGCACCACCUCUAUGCCCCUCUGUACCAGGAGGUCUCCCGAAACAUUGGGACCAUAGACCCCACCCAGCCCCAGCUACUUGGCAGUGGCUUCUUUGAGAAACACCAUGUGUCUGUAUGCCUUGGCUAUGGCUGUCUUCUGGCCUUGCGUGCCAUAGGCCCUGCUGUGCCUGCCAACCUGCACCUGUUACUACGACCUGUGUCAUUGGCACUGCCAGACCUACAGCAAGUGGCGGAGCUGACACUGCUGGGUGCAGGGCUACAGGAUGCCUCCCGCAUGGCUAUCCGCCUAUCCAAAUUCUUCUCUCUAGAGCGUGAGCUUGUGUCUGGGUCCCUGCCAGGCCGCUUGCCAUUGCUCAAGCAAAUAUUAGAAGACACAAUUCAAACACUAAAUGUGUCCAAGGUGGAACUCCAGUCCCAGCAGCCCCAGAGCCUAGCUGCCAUGGAGGAGGCUGCCCUGCUCCGUGCCCUGUUGCGCUCACCACUCUUCAACAUCCUUGAUGGGGCUCGCCUGCGCAACCUCCAAGAGCUGCUCCAUGGGCUUUUCCCUAAUGCCCGCCAAGUUCCGGCAGAGCCUGUGGCUCACAGGCUGAUAAAACCAUUAAUGGUGGAGGAAUUGCGACAGGUAGGUUUGUAUCCUGGCCCUGACACUCUGGCAUCCCUAGAUCAGCUGAGCCAAGCCCUGAACCGGUCUUCAGGCAUUCUGCUGUUGGGUCCUGCUGGCAGUGGCAAGACCACUUGUUGGCAAAGCUUAUUGAAGAUCCAGAAUCGGCUAACAGCCACACAGGACACCUCAACCCAGGGCUGUCAAUCUGUGGAAAUUGCCCACCUGUACCCCAGUGUGCUCAGCUCCCAAGAGUUCCUGGGAUGGUUAGAGGGCCCUUGCUGGCACCCUGGUGUCUUCCCCAGACUACUUCGAAUGGCUCCUCAGUAUAAUAGCAUAGCUACAACGGGGAAGACAGAGGAAUCAAAAGGGAUCCAGCACUGGAUAGUGUGUGAUGGGGCCUCCAGUGCUGCUUGGCUGGACUCCAUCACUUGCCUCUUGAGUGACCCUCCCCAGCUUAGCCUCCCCAAUGGCCAGCAGAUGGCACGACCUCCAGGCACCUUUCUCUUGAUGGAGCUGGCAGACACAACAGGAAUGUCCCCUACUUUGGUGGGCCGUUGUGCUCUAGUCUGGUGUGGUGGGGAACAAACUUGGCAGUCCAUGCUUACUGUCCUCAUGGCCACUCUGCCCCAUGAGUACCGUCUGCAGCUCAAAACUAUCACUGAACUCAACCGCCUAGCUGAAGUUCUGGUGCCUGCAACGCUCCGAUUCCUCACCCGUCAGGGUGCCAACUCUCUGCUGCAAGUACAUGGGCAGCAGGCUGUGUGCCCAGGCGUGGCUGAAGUCACCAGCCUGGCCCGCAUCUUACGUGGUCUACUUGACCCUCAUCUGCACCUAGAUAAGGAAGAAAAGCCAUAUAGCCCAGUUAUAAUGUCUACUGCAGAGGAUUUCCUCUAUGAAGAUUAUGUAGUCCCAAGUGACAUUUCUUCUAAAAGUAUCUCUCAACCCAAGACCCAGUUUGACAGUGACAGUGAACCAAAUAAGCAAAGGGAACAUUUGAGGGCUGUCAGCAGCUUUGUUUUUGCCCUCAUCUGGAGCUUUGGAGCCCACCUUCCUUCUAGGCUCUGGCCCCUCUUUGAUACCUUCAUGAGGAAUUCUAUUGGCUGCCUCUCCAACUACCCUGAUUUGCCACGCUCAGUCUUGGUAUUUGAUCUUCAUGUUAACCCUGAAGAUGGGACAUUGGUCCCUUUCACCGGCCAAUACCUGAGCAGCCGUAUCAAGGGACCUUUGGGAACCUUCCACCCUUGUACACAGACUGAACGACUUCUGUACAUGGUGGACCUGCUUCUGUCCAGGGGACAACCCGUAAUGCUAGCUGGAGAGGCAGCCACGGGAAAAUCCACCUUUGUGGAGGUGCUCGUGGAGCCAAACCACCCUUACACCUACACCGCCAUCCACCCUGCCUUCAAUUCCGCCCACCUUCGCCUGCUGCUGAGCAAAGGAUUCCAGGGGCAAGCAAAAGGCAGCUCCUGGUCUGGGCUACAUCUGGAUUCUAAAGGCUACAUCCUCUUCCUGCUGGAGGAUUUGCACCUGGCUGCUUCUGACCCAGAGAAGAGCUGCCAACCAGUGCUGGAGGGCCUGCGGCAGGCCAUGGGUGGUACCGUGUAUGUUCACAACACAUUGGAGCUGCAGUCACUGCAACCUAUAGUCAACUUCCUUGCCACUGCCACAGUGCCAGGAAGCUAUGAGCGCCCCCUGUGCCCACGUCUCUAUAGACUUUUCACAGUGCUGGCCCUAGGCAGCAUGACCCAGACCACCUUGCUGAGCAGGCAUACUCCUAGCAUCCAGUCCUGGCUUGAGCGCUUCCCAUCUAUAGAACAGGGGAGUGUUCUGGCAAGAGCCCUGGUCCGGGCCUCUGUGGAGGCCUGGGAGGCCAUGUGCAAAUGCUUCUUGCCUUCACCCCUUCACCCACACUAUCGCUUCUGCCUGCACUCUGUGAGCCAUCUUCUGGGCAGUCUGCAGCUACUGCCUACCAGAAUGGGUUCCCGAAGUGGCACAGACUGCCUGAACCACCAGGAGCACUUGCGUAGGGUGUCAGGCUUGCGUGGCACCCGCCUGACUGUCAUGAUGGCCUUGCGCAAUAUGGUGCGUCUUUGGUUGCAUGAGGCCCAAAGAACCUUUUGUGACCGACUUGACACCCCUAGGGAACGCUCUGACUGUGCCAAUAUGCUCCUCGAAAUAACUCACAAUGUCUUCUGCUGUGGGGUAUGUUCCCAGUAUGUAGGCAAGGACCAUGAAGAUGAGGAGAGGGAGAAGGUACCUGAAGUGGAAUCUGAAGGAGAGUUGGCUCAGUGGGAGGACCUAAGUAACAGUGGCAGCGAGACAGAGGAGGAAGAGGACCCCUAUGGCCUUCGUGUCACCACAGUUUCACACACUGGCGAUACAUGCCUAGCACCAUCCAUAAGGCCAGCAAGCAGGGAGACUACCGAAAGCAUAAGUCACCAGAUAGGGCAAGAGGAAGCCACAAAGGCUGGUAGCUACAGGCUCCAGGGAAAGAAAGCUAAAAAUAUGUGGCAGAAGGCACUCCAGACAGACCUGGUCUCACCUCUGUUGCUGCCAGUGUUGCUACUCCGUCCUCAGGAAAAGUCCUCGGACUUAGUCUUUAGUCAGAAGCUGACACUGGCGUCCAACUCUGACAGCCCCAACUUGUACCUGGAACGGCAGUGGGAGACAUUGGAGGAGCAGCUAGCCACCUCAGCUGCCCAGCUGGGGCUGAGCCCUCACCUUGCUCGAUGCCACUCUAUGGCCCAGCAUGUGGCCCGUCUGGUCCGGGUACUGGCCAGACCCAGGCAGCAUGGCCUACUGCUCUCAGGGACUCUGGGAACUGGGCGCCAUACUGCCGUCACUCUGGCCACUAGCAUUUGUCAGGUACGCCUGUUUCAUCUGCCAUCCGAGUCAGAGAAGGCUAUUCUUCAAUGCCUACGAGAUGCCAGCUGGCAUGCUGGCAUGUUAAAUCAGCCAGCAGCCCUGCUGGUUGCUAAUGUUGCAAAUCUCAGAACUUUCCACCGUUUGCUAGCCCUAGCCACCUCAGGCAGUUUCCCUGACCAGUACACAGAGUCAGAUCUGGACAGCAUUGAAGAACAACUGCCCAGGGAGAACCUCAGUGCCAAACAUAACUUGAAGAAGGAAUUCGUGUUGCGGAGGUUCUACCAGCAAGUGAGCAGCCAUCUGCACAUGUUCUUCCUGAUUGGAGAUGACCAGGCCCACAAGCAGCUACCUUCUACCCUUUUUCUGAGGCUCCUUCAAUUAACCAUCGCCAGCAUCGACCGCUAUGAACCGUGGAAUCAGGCUGCCCUGGUCAAAGUGGCCAAAUACCACCUGGGAAGUGUUCCGAAUCUACCCCAUGAUGAUGAGCCCGUUGAGGUCCCAUCAUUUCUUCUGCCCUCCUUUUCCUUUUUUCCAACCAACUUACAAGAGCAGGUUAAAGCCAUGACCACUGUAGGUUCCUUGAAAUACCCAGACCUCCAUGCCUCAAUUCCCAGUGUGGCCAAAGCCAUGGCCUUCAUCCAUCUUUCGGCUGCCAGCUAUCUUGAACACUUGUGCCCUGCAUUGCCACUUGUCACUCCUAAAACCUUCCUGGACUUCCUGAACACCUUUCUGCUGCUGCAUCAACAGUUUACCUUGAAGAUGGAGAAUAGCGCUCAGAGAAUCCAGAAUGCCCUGGAGAACCUGCGCAUGCUGAUUGAGCAGCACAGUACUUUCACCAGCCUGGUCUUCAACUUGGAACAGCAGCUGAAAGGCUCCCACAAGAAUGUCAGCGCAUUUCAGCAGCAGCUAGAGCAAAGCAAACUCCAGUACAAGCGACAGUUGUUGGAAUGUCGGCACCAGGAGCACCUCAUUGAGAACCUGAUCAAACAGCGGGAUGCCCUUCAGGCUCAGCAAGAGGCUUUCCUGGAGCAGAUGGGCAAGGCAUUUCUGGGGCCUUUGAGCCAGCUGCAGGUGACUGACUUUGAGGAGAUAAGGAGCUACCGAGCACCACCAGACUCCGUGAUCCGUGUGACUGAUGCAUUGUGUGACCUGUUCCAUCGUGACACUGGCUGGGCCAGUGCCAAGCAGCUGUUAUGCACAGAGGAUUUUUAUCAGGAGCUGGUGUUCUUCCCCAAGGAGAAGAUGACAGACUCAGAGCUAAUCAAGCUAAACCAAGCUCUGAAAGCUCCAGGUAUGAGUGAGGCAGCCCUGCAAGCCGUGAGCAUGCCUGCAGCAAACUUGGUAGCCUGGUUAUGGGCUCUGCUGUGCUAUGGGCUGGCACAGCGCCGGGGACUGCCCACAGGCCUGCUGCUGAGGCAGGUGGAGAUGACGCUGGCUCGGGAGCAGGCCCGCCUCAGCUAUUACCAGUUUCAGGCCCAGGAGAUGCUGGAGCAUACUUUGGCUCUGACAACCAAACUUGAAGAGGCCCAAGCUUCCCACAACCAAGCACUGGAGACCCUCAGUCAGGCACAAUAUGGUCAGUUUCACAAAUGGCCCAUAGAAGCUGCAUUGCUCACGCCCAUGCAUACCUGGACUACACAGCUACAGAAAUUGAAGGUGCGUUGCAUGACUCUAUUUGGAGACAUCCUCUUAUGUUCGGCUGCCAUCGUCUACCUGGGUCCCUUCCCACCUCUGCGGCGUCAGGAGCUACUAGACAAGUGGCUAGCCCUGUGUAGGGGCUAUCAGGAGGCUCUGUGCCCAGAUGAUGUGGCACAGACACUGAAGCAGGGGCAGAAAUCUGUCGCCAAAACACCAAAGAAUCCCCUGCUGCCCGUAAGCUCUCCUUUCAGUAUCCUGUCCUUACUGAGCUCUGAAUCGGAGCAGUACCAGUGGGACCGAGAACUGAAGCCCCAACCAAAGUCAGCCCGCCUGGCAGGCCUGCUCCUGAGAAGCCGCACCCACUACAACAGCUGCCGUUGGCCUCUGCUGCUUGACCCCAGCAACCAGGCUCUCAUGUGGCUGAACCCAUUGCCUCUGGAAGAGACUGGAGACUUGGCACAACUCCCUGCCAAAGACACAGACUCAGGCCUCAUGGCCAAACAAGACCAACAGAAUGAACAAGAGGAUGCAGAAGAGGAAUAUGGUAACAUUGAGGCUGAGGAGAAGACAAAGGAGCUGAAGGCAGAGGAAAGCAAAAUUGAGAAGAAAGAGCAAGACAAGAGAGAAACAGGAGAGGAGGAGAGUGAGACAGAGAGUCGGGGGUCGAAGUCGGCCUCUGAGACUCGGUCUCCACCUCUGCUCUACCUCAGUGUGCUCUCUGGUGCUGACUCAGAGCUGGGGCCCCAGCUCUGUCAGGCGGCUGCCAGUGGCCUCCCUGUGCUCCUAACCAACAUGGAACUGGGCCUGGAAUGUCAAGAACUGCAGUGGCUGCUGCAGCGGGACCAGCUGAGCCCACUCCAGGUGCAGCCUGGCUUCUGUCUGUAUCUGAGCACUACCCUUCCCCUCCAUGCCUUGGAAAAAGUGCUAGGUUGUGAACUGCCAAAGGGUCUGAAUGUGCUGGAUCUGGGCCAGAACAUGGAAAUACUGGAAGAGCAGGUGCUACAUGAAAUCUUGUACAGAGAGCGUCCUGAGCUCGAGAACCGCUGGAGGGACAUUAAACUGAGAGUCCUGGAUGCUCACAAGGCUGUGGAGGCCUCUGAGGAGCACCUGCUGCUGAUGCUGCUGCACCAAGACCCAAAGCAUCAGAAACCAGCCAAGUUUCUGCGGGAUAUGGUGAGGGCCCAGGCAGAGCUGUGUCAGCUGCGUGCCUACUGCGAGGAAGUAGAAGAGCAGAAGAUAAAGGAGGUGGUAUCAUGGGUACCAUAUCGGCAUGUGGCUUGGCAUGUGAUGGCCAUAGUAAAGGCCCUAAGCCCACUGCAGAACCUGCUGCCACUUUUCCGUGUGAGCCCAGAGAACUGGCUGGCAGCCACCAAGCAAGCUCUGGACCACAUGAAACCACAUGACAUUCUGCAUGGGGAGGACCUGGACAGCCAUCUGCUGCAGCUGAAAAUACAUCUGACCCAUGAGCUGCUGGGCAGUACAGUGACUGCACUGGGCCUGACCCAAGUACCCUUGGUGGGAACCUUGGGGAGUUUGGCUCUGUUGCAAGUGGCAGGGAAAGCAACGAAGCUUGAGAGGCUGGCCCUCUGGCCUGGGCUGGCAGCUUCUCCCAGCACAAGCCACAGAAAGCCAGACGUGGCUCGACCUGCCUGGCUGGGGCCAAAAGCCUGGCAGGAAUGCGGGGUGUUGGAGAUGCUGCCUCCAUUUGUUGGGCUGUGUGCAUCCUUGGCAAGCCAUUCAAGCAUGUGGCAAGCUUACUUGUCACUACCGUCCACUGUGCUGGGACCUGCGCCUGGGCCUGGGUCUGAGCCACUCAGCCUCCUCCAGAAGUUGAUCCUGUGGCGCGUGCUGCGACCUGAGUCCCUGGCAGGUGUCCUGAAAGACUUCACCACAAGCUUAUUGGGCCGCCCCCUGGAUGAAAACCUGAGGACACCUAUCAUUCCAUUGGAACACAGCCGGGCUACUCAACCCAUACUGAUCUUGUUGCCACCACCUAAUCAGCCUAGAAACACCCUCCAUCCUUUGACUGUAAUCGAGAGAUUGGCCUCCAAGCAUGAACAGGGACAGAAGCGUCUACAGGUGAUAGCCCUAGGCUCUGAAGCCUGGGACCCUGUCCCAGCCGUGAAAAGCACUCUUUGCCAGGCUGUGAUGGAAGGACACUGGCUGGUGCUGGAUAACUGUCAUCUGAUGCCUCACUGGCCAAAAGAGCUGCUACAGCCCUUGCUGCAGCUGCUGGAUGGAGCCAAGGUGGUCUCGGAUACAGAAUCUGAGUUGCUUUCAGAGCAGCCUGAAGGCAGGAGUGUGGCCACUGUCCACAAGGACUUCCGUCUUUGGCUUAUCAUGUCUGCAGAGGCCAGUGCUUCCUUGCCAGCUAUGCUGACUCAGCACUCUAUGCCUGUUUUCUGGGACCAGUCCCUGGAGCUGGGCCACGUCCUGAUCGAUAGUGUGGAGCUAGCCCAGCAAGGACUCUACAUGCAACCCCCUUACCAGGCACUGCCUCUGCUCUUUCUACACGGCCUCCUGCUUUACCGGCAGCUCUAUGGAGUGAGGCUGCAGGGCCACAGGGGGCGCUGGACUCAAGUAACCCUGACCCAGGUCCUUCAGACCCAAGAUCGGUUGUGGGACACUCUGAGCAACCCCAGUACUGCCAUGCAGGAGCUGACUGCUUCCGUUUUCUACGGGGGUUCCCUGGGGGACACAGAGGACAGAGAGGCUCUGGCUAGCCUGGCACACACCUGCCUGAACCUUAUCGACGGGAGCUCGGCCCAACCACACACACCUCAGUGUCUGCUGGCCACCCUGACACCCAGCCCAGAGCUAGAGCAGCUGGAUGCCAUAGCAGAGUGCAAGGCCCAGAUGUACCUACUGCCCACACCACCUGAUCCUCGCAUCUGCGGCCUGACCGAGGGCCCCCAGGCCUGGUUGUCGCGACGCCAGAGUCGCGCGCUCCUGAGCGCGCUGCAGCAGAGUUCAUCCACGUGGGUUCCCGCUGCUCCCAUCGGCUCCCGGCGCCCGGAAAGGCGGCUGCGGCAACGUAUAGUGCAAGCUCGCCGGAGGCUGGAGGCCUUGCAGGCUCUGUUGAGCGACACCACUCGGCUCGAGGAGCCUGCCGCCUCGUGGGAUGUGCCGGGGCAGAAUGCGCAGAAGCCUCUGAAGUGCUUCCUGGAGAGAGAGGCGCUGCAGCUGGGCCAGCUGGCGAACGUGCUCCAGCGAGACCUCGACUGCCAGUUGCAACAGCUCAAGGGCGCGCCCCCAUGUCCCUCCCAGCGCUGCGCCGCUGUGGCCCACGCUCUCUGGCUCGGCCGCCUACCCACGCCUUGGCGAUCGCAUGCACCCGCCGGUCCGCAGCCGCCCUGGCACUGGCUGCGGCAGCUGUCGCGCCGUGGGCAACUGUUGGUUCGCUACCGAGGCCGUGGCGCGGAAGUAUCAGAGCGCGUCUUUCAUCUGUCAGCCUUUUGCCACCCGCGCCGCCUGCUGCUAGCAUUGUUUUGGGAAGCCUCGCUGAACCGGUGUGCACCCAGAUGGAGCUGCCCUGAUAGCCAAGGCAUAGACUCCAGUCAGCACCCAAAUAAAUGCCAGGAGAUAUACAGCAACGCUCUACGCCUACUGGUGGAGAAUGACCCGAAUCCCAAGGUUCCGGAGAUGGGUCUGCUGCUGAUCGGGCUGCAGCUCCAGCACGCCGAGUGGGACCCGGUAGCCGGGGCUUUGCAGGACAGCUCUUGCAGCCAACCCAGCCCUCUGCCGCCGAUCAGCGUCAGCGCACAGCUCCCUGGUGCCAACGACCCGCCAACCCACACCAGUCUGGCCGUGUAUUCCUGUCCUGUGUACUUGGCAGGGCCCCUUGGCACCACUAAGAUGCACAGCGGUAACAUCUUGAUGCAUCUGCCCCUACCGACGAAGCUCAGCCCGGCCAUCUGUAUCCAACGGAGAGUUCACGCGUGCAGCCCACCCUUGCAAUGAG